AUGCUUGGCUAUCCUCAUUGUUUUGCUGAUGGUGUAAGCGGUAUGAUUCUUAUAAAUGGACUAUUAAAUAUUUACAAUCUCAUUAGACAAUAAAAAUAUGAUGAGAUUAAGAAGAUUGAAUUAAUCCAGCCAAUAUAACAUGCUUUAGAUCUUGCAUUUCCUAAUGGAAUGAAUUCUGAACAGGAAUCGAGAAUACAUGAAAUUUUAAUAAAUACGUCAAAAGUUAGAAAUAAUUGGAAGCCUUCGCUGCCAUUUGUACAUUCAGAGAGAUAACUCAGAAACAUUCCUUAAUUUAGAGACAGCUCUAAAGAAUGUUUCUUGAAGCUAGUUUAAAAAUGCAGAAACGAAUAGAUAACAAUUGGAUCAGUUCUAGUUUCCUGUCUUUACUUCGGCUUCUCUAAAAUGCUUGGUGAAUAUUAAAUAGAUUUGAAAUUUGAUAUUGAUGUUAAUCUAAGAGAUAGAUUCAUCAAUAAACUUGGAUUUAAAAAUAUAGGCAUGCUUGUAGGAAAUAUUUAACUUAAUAUCUCUAUGGAUGAACACACUUAAUUCUGGGAAUUCGCAAGAUAAAUUCACAAAUAAAUAAAUAAACAGCUUGUUUAAUUGGGAUUCAGAUGA